AUGAUGGGAUCAAAUGUUUGGAUGAUAGAUAAGAUGGAAUAUUAUUUGACCAACGAUUUAGAAGCAACACGUGAAGAAAUCAAUUAUCUCAAACGUUUGUAUACUCUGAAAACAAACACUAGAUCAGAUCCAAGAAAACGUGCAAGUGCAUUUUUACCAUCUACUAUUAUCGAUGAUUUUCUCUAUCAUGGAGAUUUCGAUCAUGCACGAAAUAUGAAUUUAUUGAACGAAUUAGCUAUUAAGCAUAUUAUUAGUGUUUGCAAUAUUCAAUUAGAUAAAGAAAUUAUUGAUAAUUUCAAUGUUUUAUGGAUCAAUAUUGACGAUACACUUUCUGUAAUUAUUCGAAUACAUUUCGAUCAAACAAAUCAAUUUUUACUUAGUUGCAAGGUGAAAGGUGAGAAAGUAUUAGUUCAUUGUCAAAUGGGUAUAUCUCGGUCGUCUUCAAUUGUUCUCGCAUAUUUAAUCAAGUAA